AUGGAGAUAGAUACACCUUGUUAUCUUAUCAAUAUAAUACCAAACAUUAUUUUAUAUAAAAUAAUAGAGUACAUUAAAGAUAAUGUAGAUCUUAUAUGUUUAUUGUUGACUUGUAAAAGGUUAUACUUUGAUAUUCUCAGACAACAACCACAACGUCAUCUUGCAUUCAAAGGUAUUGGCUUUUAUAAAUGGAGGAUUGAUGGUAUACAUGAAGUUUUAAACUUUAAUCUAUUAUCAUCUUUGACUAGAUUUCACCUAGGUGCAUUCAAAUCAUUAUUUGAUAAUGCUCUAGCUAAUCAAUUGGUCUUGUUGCACAAUGAAACUAAUCUAGAUAGUGAUCGUCGUCUCAAUGAUGAUUAUAGUGCAUUAAUACAACAUACAACAAAUCAAAUAGAUAAUAAUAAUAAUAAUAAUAAUAAUAGUUAUCCAAUAACCAAUGUAACAAUUAGACCAUUCCAAAUUGAUGAUGAAGAUACACCACAACAUCAACUAUUACAAUUACAAGAAGGAAUAUUUACAGAUAUUCCAUCAACAACUAAAACAUUGGUAUUACGUGGCUUGGAAACUAAUCAUCUAGAUAAAGUGUUGGCUACAGUCGUCUCCAAUAAUAAUAAUAAUAAUAUCAAUAACAGUCAAUUGGAAUCAUUAGAGAUUGUAUCAACAGAAUUUAAUGAAUCAACUGCCAUCUUGGUUGAAAGGUUGAUUGGAUUGAAAAAUAUAUUCCUUCACUAUUGUCCUCAUAUUUAUAUCCCAUCAACAACUGAAUCACUUGUCAUCUCCUCUAAUAUGGAUCGUCAUCAACCUUUAAAUUUAAAGACCCUUUUUAGAAAUUUAUCCUCUUCCUCUUCAUCCCCAUCCUCUUCAAAUCUUACAACACUAGAUAUCUCUAGUAUCGAUAUAUUGGAUGAUAUUAAUCAACCCAAUUUAUUACCACCAACAUUAAAGACUUUACACAUUAAACUAUCACAACCACCACCAAUCUCAUUAUUUCCACAAUCACUACGUAAUCUCUUUAUUAAAUAUUCACCACUAGUGAAAAAUGUAGAAGAGGAAGAGGAAGAGGAGACACCCUUUGCAAUUAUACUUGACCAUUUGAAAGGGCUUAAAAAGCUUUCAUUAGAUUUUAGUUCAAGAGGAUGUAAUCACAUUAGUCUACCUUUAAACCUAUCAGUAUUAAAGUUUCAAAUGUGGACGACAAACCUCAAUAACAUCCUUCCAUCUGGUUUAACCAAACUAGAAACAGAUUUAGACUCACUUUUGUUGUUUGGUGACCACCUACCUCUACAUCUCAAGAAACUUAUAAUCCCUAGUGCAGAGAGACCUAUACCUGUAGGUCUUUUACCAUCGGGAUUGCUUUAUCUAGAGAUAUUCUUUACUGGAAUAGAUGACAACAUUCUCGCCGGAUCGUUACCACAAGGAUUAGAGUAUCUCCACCUUUUAUCCUACAUAGGUCCAAUCAACUCGGACAUUAUUCCAAAGUCUCUCAAAACACUAAAGUUGGAAUUCUGCCAACCCGAUUUCGACGAUGAUGAUUUGUCAACAUUCCUACCACACUUGGAGAGACUAGAAAUUGUUGGCUCAACCAAACCACUUCCCACUAUUUAUCCUUCUUCUCUUAAAUACUUUGAUGCUCAAUUUGAGGAAAGAUAUUAUAUUCCAACCUCUGUUGAACAUCUAAUUUGUGUAGCCAAUAGCACAAAAUUGAAGGAUGAUAUCCAUUCUUCCUCUUAUUCACUAGAUCCAUUUAAAAAUAUCGAUUUUAUAAACAACAACAAUAACAACGACAGUGAUACAAGAUCAAAAUUAAAAAUACUUGAAUAUAGAGUUGACAUUCCCAAUGGUAAUCAUUUUAGUUUAAAGUUGAAUGAACUUGUACUUAGAAAGGAUGUAGAGGAGUUAUUUAUUUUCAAUUACAGUGAUAGUUCAACAUACGAUUAUCAAAUCAAAAGAAUCGAUCAUAAUUAUGUAUUGAUGGUAAACAAAAAUACACUAUAUGGUGGAUUGAUCAACAUUACAGACAGGUUCUACUUGGACAAUGAUAGAACCCAAGAAAGAGAUUUAUAUCUUCAUUUUAUAUCACAACCAGAUAGUUUUGUUAUUAUUCAACAAAUAAGUAAUAAUAAAGAUCCAACAACAAAUAAAUAA